AUGGGUACUCAAGAAGAAGACCCUACAAGCCCUUCAAGGGCUCUUCUUUCUUGCAUAUUCCUCACCUGCAUUGCUCUUUCGGCUGCCUUUUCAGCAACAGAUCAAAGCGUUUCUCGACCUUUGAAGAAACUGGAAAAGCCUGUGGUCAUUUUGAUUUCCUGUGAUGGGUUUCGGUUUGGGUACCAAUUCAAGACCUCAUCACCAAACAUCCACCGUUUGAUUGCUGAUGGGACUGAAGCUGAGUUGGGUUUGAUUCCUGUUUUCCCUACACUUACUUUCCCUAAUCACUACUCUAUUGUCACUGGACUUUAUCCUGCUUAUUAUGGAAUUGUAAACAACCAGUUUGUGUAUCCUAAAACUGGUGAUGCGUUCACUACGUCAAGUCAUGAGCCAAAGUGGUGGCUCGGUGAACCACUUUGGGAGACUGUGGUCAAUAAUGGGUUAAAGGCUGCUACCUAUUUUUGGCCUGGAAGUGAGGUGAAAAAGGGCUCUUGGGAUUGUCCUAGAAAGUUUUGUAUGUUGUAUAAUGAAUCUGUUCCUUUUGAGGAUAGAGUUGAUACUGUUUUAAGCUACAUUGAUUUGCCUAGCAGUGAGGCUCCUGUGUUUAUGACAUUGUAUUUUGAGGAUCCUGAUCACCAGGGUCACCAGGUUGGACCCGAUGAUCCUCGGAUCACCGAGGCCGUUGCUAGGAUCGAUAGUUCGAUUGGGAGGUUGAUUGAUGGUUUAGAAAAAAGAGGGGUUUUUGAGGAUGUUACCAUAAUUAUGGUUGGAGACCAUGGGAUGGUUGGUACAUGUGAUAAAAAACUGAUUUUCCUUGAUGAUUUAGCUCCUUGAAUUAAAAUUCCUGCUGGUUCGGUUCAGCGUCAUGUUCCGAUACUUGCGAUUCGUCCACCUCCCAGUUAUUCACCGUCGGAUUUUGUUGCAAAGAUGAA